AUGAACUACCUCCAUCCAACACCGACAGAUUCCUCCGGGGACCCCCUACGAUGGCCGUUUUGGCUACGAUGCACAGCUGUCGUUGUCACCUCCCUAGCCAACUUUGUUGGUAAUAUGGCAGGKGCUGGGAUCAGUGUCGCUAUUCCAGACUUAAUGCAGGAAUUUCAAAAAUCACAAUCGAAUGCUACUCAGGUCUUGACGGUACAUACCCCAUUAUACUCGGGUGAUGCCAGUGCUUCGGCGUAUGAUGCUAACCACCCCUCAAAGUUCAAUUUUCUCUUUCUCGGUAUUGGAAAUAUCUUUUGGGUGCCAGUGGCUAUGAAGUUUGGUAAACGAGCCUCGAUGCUCAGCUCAAUGGCGAUGCUGGCAGGCAUGUUGGCUUGGUCAGCGGCUGCUCAGACCUUCAACAGCCUCGUUGCUGCCAGAUGUUUGAUUGGCUUUGCAUCAGCUGCUGGUGAGAGUAUCGUUCCCGACAUUGUGGCGGAUACUAGCUUUACGCAUCAACGAGGUGCAAUGAUGGCAAUCUACGUCUUGCUCAUUUCCGGAGGAUCUGCUAUCGGCCCACUCAUUUCUGGCUUCAUGGUUGCCAAUACAUCAGAUACCUGGCGGUCGUCGGUCUGGCUUUGCUUCGGGAUGGCCAUCCUCGACCUACUCCUGAUAUUCUUCUUCUAUCCUGAGUCCAAUUUCGACCGUCCUCAGGAUUCUUUCGACCAAUCGCAAAUUCUCCAAGAAAUUCAUAGAUCUGCUAAGAAUGGAAACACUCAACACGAGGAAUUUGUGGAAGGUUCAUUUCCGAGUCUCCCCAUGGAGACUACUUAUACUAUUCGAACGCCUCCUAUUUCAGAAAUUCUUCGCCCGGUAUCGUAUAAUCCCUCUGUCAAUCUUAUCCAAGCUAUGUUUGAGCCACUGAAGUUGCUCGCUCAUCCGUCGGUCGUGUGGGCAAUAUUCACUUAUGCAAUCUGUCUCAGCCCUCAAGUGAUUCUGAUCUUCACGAUGUCCCCUUUGCUUCAAGCACCGCCGUAUCUAUUCACAACUAGCGACGUCGGCCUAGUGCAGAUUGCCGCCAUUGUCGGCUUCAUACUCGCUUUUUGCGGCGGUGGCAUGCUCUCAGAUUACAUCAAUGGGGUGAUCGUGCGCCGAACAGCUUCGAGACUUACCAUAUUCCGAGCCGAACACCGUCUGAUAUCCAUAAUACCUGGUAUGCUGAUCGGUCCUGCAGGAUGCAUUCUUCUCGCAUUUGCUUGUGGGCAUCAAUUGCACUGGAUCGUAAUCGCGGUAGGAUUUGGGCUCGUGUCGUUUGGCACGGUAUAUACUCCAAAUAUUGCGAUCACGUACGUCACCCAACGUCACCAACGAGAUGCAGCCAAGUGUCUUAUCUUGAUCAAUAUACUCAAGAAUCUGGUCGCGUUUGUGUUUCUGUAUGUGGCAGUGGACUGGGUCAAUAAAAAUGGAUAUGUGCAAAUUUACAUGAUUAUGUUCAUGUUGAAUAUCCUCGUCCUUGGGUGCGCAUUACCAUUGUACUACUUUGGCUUGAGGAAUCAUGAAGAGUUUCAAUGA